GUUACUGUGUUCACUACUGUAUAAAAAUAUCGUAUAAAGAAUGCACAGUACGCAAGUGAAUCAGCGGUACUGCAUCCAAAAUAAUCCAGUUCCACGUUUUCAAUACGGCACAACAGCAGGGAGGGACAUUCUUUCAUCGCGAGACUUGAGAACCUCGCGGCUCCGAAGUGUGAGACAUAUCAUGAUCAUGUGUCCAGUCUUGUCUUUUUGAAAACGCAUAGUUGGACAUAAAGGAAUGCAGUUAAUCUGAGGGAUAUUUACAUUUGCUCGGAAACAUUUUCUGGCUCACACUGUUAAGUCCUACGUGGUGAAGUGUAGCAGCUCAGUGUAAUACAUGUGUGAGGAGCAUCUCAGCGGAAUCUGCUGCGUUUUACUUCUCCACAGCAAAGAGAUAUUAUUGUGAUGGCGCUAGUCCCAUAUGAAAGGAACUGUUUACCAUCGCUCUCCAAACUACACGACACCUCCGCCGAAUUCUUCUUCGCCAGUCACCAUUUUUGCAUUUCCCAGGACUGGAACCGACUUGGGGUGGCUGCAGUAGUCUGGGAUGCAGCUGUAGUGCUGUGCAUGUACUUGGAGCUUGGUCAAGUUGAGCUAAAUGGAAGGACAGCCAUCGAGCUGGGAGCUGGUACCGGCCUUGUUGGCAUGGUAGCUGCUCUACUUGGUGCCAAAGUGACAAUUACAGACCGGGCACCGGCCUUGGAUUUUUUGCAAGCCAAUGUGAGGAAGAAUGUACCUCCAGAGAAGCAGGAUGCCAUUGUGGUGUCUGAGCUGACCUGGGGAGAGAAUCUGGAGAGAUAUAAGGCAGGAGGCUAUGACUUGAUCCUUGGAGCCGACAUUGUGUAUCUUGAAGACACUUUUCCGGCUCUGCUGCGGACUCUAGAGCACCUGAGCUCCAACAAAACUGUGGUGCUGCUUGCUUGCAGGAUCCGAUAUGAGCGGGAUCAGAACUUCCUGGACAUUCUGCAGCAGCGUUUUAUACUCCAGGAGGUUCAUUAUGAUGCCCAAAGGGAUAUUCAUAUUUAUAGAGCUCUGAAGACUAAACAGGAGCUAUGACUGAUGAAGUGAGUGUAUGAAACCUGAGCAGCCUUAAAGAUUACAAUUUAACACUGUAUAAUAACAGUUAUGGGCUUGAAAAUAAAUGUUUAUGUGCAGAACAUGAGUGAUUAUAUACCUUUUUUUAAGGGAGGAUGAAUUGUACCAGAGAAAAAGAUUUAUAAUUGCAGUUCAUCAUUCAGGAUUUCUAGAGCGCCAAACACAUUUUUUACAUUUAGUUACUAGUGUGCUUCAUUACACUCGAAACAGCGUUCUGUCCUUCUCUGAUCCUUCUAUCAAAUGUUUCUCUGAAAGACUGGUGGACGGCAAGAUUAAGUUGUUCAGAGAGCAGUGAAUAAAAAUGGAUGCUGGAAUGAAGCACAGUUGUUUACUGGCCAACUUCUCAUCUGCCAGCAAAAGACACUAUGUUGUUUUCGCACUGGAUUUAUAGAUGAGUCACAGAAAAUUGGUGUAACACUAUUUUGUGACCACAGAUUCCCUUUCAUAAUAUGUUAUACAUGUAUCUUUGCUAUAUAAUGUGAGAAAGAUUAUGUUCGUGGGACCCCCUGCAUCCCUGUCUUGACAAAAGCUGA